AUGUCUGACAGAGCGUACGCAAUUGAAGAAAUCCUCGAGGAUAAAGCAAUUAUUAAAGGAAAUCGAGCACAGAAAUUCUACCGAGUUCGAUGGGAACCAACAUGGGAACCAGCAAAAGUGAUGCUAGAUCAGGCUCCGGACGCCGUCGAACAAUACGAAAGAAAUAAGAACUUGAAAAACCCAAUUGGCAAUUCCUCAAAGGAUCAGAUCGAAAUCGAAGGAUUAUUGGACGGUUGUAGUGAUAUACGACACGCAACCUUC